UUAAUAAGCUGCUGCCACGGUCCCUGUACCAGCAAUGGCAGCUUCCAGCAGCAGCAGCAGCGAGGAGGAGCGUAGCCUUCGGGAGUGUGAACUUUACAUCCAAAAACACAACAUCCAACAGCUUCUGAAGGAUUGUAUUGUACAGUUAUGCACAGUGAGACCUGAAAGACCCAUGGGAUUCAUCAGAGAGUACUUUGAAAGAUUGGAGAAGGAGGAAACAAAACAGUUGUUGAAUCAACUGAAGUCUGGUUCUCGCUCAGACUCCCGGGAGGAUGAAAUCUCUCCCCCUCCUCCCCUCAACCCUGUGGUGAAGUAUCGAUCACGACGUGGGGCCAUCAGUGCAGAAGUCUACACAGAAGAGGAUGCUGCAUCUUAUGUUAGAAAGGUUAUUCCAAAAGAUUAUAAGACUAUGGCUGCUUUGGCAAAAGCUAUUGAGAAGAAUGUGCUGUUCACCCAUCUCGAUGAUAAUGAAAGAAGUGACAUCUUUGAUGCCAUGUUCCCUGUCACUUACAUCGCAGGAGAGACUGUCAUACAGCAAGGUGAUGAAGGUGAUAACUUCUACGUUGUUGAUCAAGGAGAAAUGGAUGUUUAUGUGAACAGUGAGUGGGCCACCAGUGUUGGGGAGGGUGGGAGCUUUGGAGAACUCGCCCUCAUUUACGGAACCCCUCGCGCUGCAACCGUCAAAGCCAAGACGAACGUGAAGUUGUGGGGCAUCGACAGAGACAGCUACAGGAGGAUCCUGAUGGGCAAUACUUUGAGAAAGAGAAAUAUGUAUGAGAAAUUCCUUAGUAAAGUAUCUAUAUUGGAAUCUCUGGACAAGUGGGAGCGUCUCACUGUAGCUGAUGCUCUGGAACCGGUACAAUUUGAGGAUGGGCAGAAGAUUGUGGUCCAGGGAGAGCCAGGAGAUGAGUUCUUUAUUAUCUUGGAGGGCACGGCUGCAGUGUUACAGCGCCGGUCAGAAAACGAGGAGUUCGUGGAAGUGGGCAGACUGGGACCUUCUGAUUACUUUGGUGAGAUUGCUCUGCUGAUGAACCGUCCUCGUGCUGCCACAGUCGUUGCUCGUGGCCCCUUGAAAUGUGUGAAGCUGGACCGGCCCCGGUUCGAGCGGGUCCUGGGCCCCUGCUCGGACAUUCUCAAGAGGAACAUCCAGCAGUACAACAGUUUUGUAUCACUGUCUGUCUGAAACCUUCCUCCCUGUCCAAGCCAUGCUUCACGAAUGCAGACUGCUUUAUUUCCCUUGUGCACAGCCACAUUUGCCACUUGGCAUUUGCAGCUUCCUGUCUGGUUAAAAAAAAAAAGAAAAAAAAAAAAAAAAAAAAAAAAAAAAAAAAAAAAAAAAAAAAAAAAAAAAAAAAAAAAAAAAAAAAAAAAAGAAAAAAAAAAAGAGAGAGGAAAAAAAAGAGAUAAAAAAAUUAACUGCUUAUCAUGGCACUGUCAUUAAUUUAGGGCAUAUUAUUUCUGUGCUCUCUGUCCCAUUAAAUUAAUAGCAAAAGUUCUAUGGAGACGUUUGCUUCUCUCUGUGCACCAGUGUCCAACUCAGGCCAGGGCAGCCUUGCUUCAGCGAGGGAGAGACCUCCUGGCACCACGCCAUUGCCAUACAGUAAGGAGGUGACAGGAAAGGGAGGGGGGGAAAAAAAAAAUCCUUGUGAAGUUGUUUCUCAAAUUGUUGGACAGGUUUUAAGGCUGUGGUCAUCACCUGCUGUAUUUCUUUUCACACGAGAACUUGCCCUUGUAAUUGAGCUUCUUGGGGCUUGGGGUUUUCUGGGUUUCUUUAUUUUUUUUGUUUAUUUGUUUGUUUGUUUGUUUUUUCAUUUUCUGGGUACUGUAAUCCUGGGUUCAAUCGUGAGGCAUCAGCUGCUAAGAAAGCCACAGUUGGAAUUUACCAGUAUAAUUGUACCUGUGUCCACUGGUUUAAGAUUGCUUAGUUCUGUUUUCUGUCAAGUGUAAAAUCAAAAGCUUUCAAAGGUUAAUAGUUCUGGUGAACUACUGCAGUUGUUAAUUCAUUUUCUGACUUGCUGCAACUGGUAUUUUUCUCUUGUUGUUUCUUCAGCCAUAGAUUUGCCAUUUAAAACUCUUCCCUGUUCCAAGUGGCAAGAACCAAAUGUUACAUUCAAUGCCUGACUGGUCUCUAGUUCAUAGAUUGGUGUAAGAAUGUGCAGCUGUCCAGCUGUUAGUAAUGUUUUGAGUGCUUAGAGUGGUGUAGAAGUUGAAAGCAAACAUUUGAUUUUCCCUGUGACUUGUUUUGUUCAUCCUCAGUUGACUUUAAAAAUAAUCAUCAUCAGUUCAGGUGACCCUUUGUUACCAGGGAAAAUAAAUGCUGAGUAUUUCUGGCCAGCAUCAGUUGCAGGUGGCUGGUCUGUAGAGAUCCAUUAUUCUUGGUAGAUAAUGUGAGGCAGAAAAAACUGAAUGUUUUAACUUUCCUGCAACACUCCGUUGUUUUAAGUUUUUAAACCUGUCCAUUCACAAUUUCUUUUUUUUUUUUUAAUGGUUCAUUAUAAACCUAGUUUGAAUCCAAGAGAUGUUUGGAUUUCUUUUCUUGCUUAUGGAAUUUCCACCAGAUGUGUUUCAUACUCAGUCCUUCUAUUUUUUUCUUUUUUUUCCAAGUUCAUCCUGUCGCGGAGUCUUAAAUGUAUUUCGGUAUUUCCCAGCUCUGUGUUCCAUUGCUCUGUGCUCACCGAGACUUCCCCGAAGUUUUUACUGAAUUCCACGGUUCAAUAAUUGUAGGCAAUUUUUAAGGUUUCCUUUAAACUGUAAUUUAUAUGAAGUAGCAUAGGUUUGUAUUGGGGAGUGACAGCAAGCAGUCUGGCAUUUGUUGUGCAACUACUCUAACGACGGAGCCCUCGUUUUAUUUCCUUUCUGAGGUGAUAGGGAUUCAAAUCCAACAUUCUCCCAGGCAUGUAGAGCAUCAGGAAGAGUCUGCUCCUUGAUGCAGAAUAAUACUGGAGGUAUCAAGCCUUUACAAAAGGUUUCAGAGUAUUUCUGAACCCGAAAUCCCAAGAAGGGGAUUGAAAUGCUUGUGGUUUGAGUUCUCUAGUCAGGAGAUGCUGAGUAGAGGAUUUCUGCCAGAGUCCUUAAGGAAUAAGCAAAUGCUACCUUUUUUUGGUUAUUUUUUUUUCUUUGUUUUUGGUAAAAAUUUUUUUCUUAAGUUUUGACUCUCUGCAGGUUUUUUCUUCAUAUGUGUUCUUUGUGUUACAUUAAAGCACCAAAAACUGUGUAAACCAGUUAGAGCUCCACAGAAAAAAAUAAAAAUGCACAUUUUUUUUAUAUGAGGCUUUCUAAUCAAGUUUCACUACUGCAUCUUUUUAGCUUGCUGUUUACUCCCUUUUGUAGUUUUACCUACAAGAUUUUAAGAUAAAUCAGCUAAGUCUGAGUUAAAUAUUAAACACAGUUAUAGCUUUACCUUUGUGUGCAAUUUCAAUAUGUUGGAAACCACAAUUGGCAUAGUUUUGCCUUAGCUAACAUUCAGGGCUUUAGAAGUAAUUUUUUGCUAGUCUAUCUUCAGCAAAUUGAUGAAGUCUAUUGCCCUAGGAAGCUAUAGUCAACCAGAGGACCAUUUUUGUAUUGUUACCUGACUCUAUAAGUCUGAUUUACUGUAUGUGCUAAUAUAUUAUAUUAUAUUCCUUUUGUUAUAGAUUGUCCUAAUGGCAGGUAAAGCAAUAAAAUGAUUUAAAUUCUUAAAUGCAA